UUUUUCCUCUUCAAGAAAAAAUCAAGCCCUCCUUGGUGGUGUGUUGCAUGUAUUCGCUUAGACACAACGUAUUUAAGGAAAAUUUUCUAAAGUUUUCGAUUUUUUUUCAAUUAUUUAGAGUAGCUGAAAACCGGUAAAAUAUUCAUGAAGUUGCUUGCUUCCUAAUAAUAGUGUUUGGUGAAGUUAAACUGUUUCAUAUCAAAGCGUGUGACAAUGUGAGAGGUUUUCUUGUGUGGAAAUGUUUUGGAACGGGUUUCAUGGAAAGAUAUUGUCAUGUCGAUUUAAAGCGUGAUUUAUAUCAGCAUUUGGAAAAUAUUUAGGCAUAAUAUCAUUGUAACCUCAGAAAAAAACUAUCUAUACCUCAUUAUCACAUUAAGCUUCAACUAAGUCGAAAGAUUUAAAUUUACACUAAUAUUAGAAAUUGUCCGUUCAUAUUAACACAAAAAACCUUAAAGAAACAUAAAAAUCGACAAGACUUUUAUAAUACGAGAAAAAAAUCGCUAAAAUAUCCAUUUACACAUAUCAACGCUUCUAUUGCUUUGUGAUGUAAAAAGUGGUCACAUCAUUUGAAUCUAGAUGUGCAAAGUGCAAUUUAUGUCGUUUACAUGCUAGAUUGAUAAAUAUAAAAAGAAAAGACAAAGAAUGAAUUGAAAUCAGAAAAUUUUGUUGUAACGGAAGACGCAAGGUGUGUACAAUAAUGAAAUGCAAAGUGUUUUAAUGAAAUGGUUGUUGCCGGUGCUAUGCUGUAUUCCGGCAGUGUAGCCGGUCUAAGAAUACCCAAAUCACCCUCAUUUCAUAGCGGAUUAGAUUUAGCUGCCGAAAAAGAUUAUAAGUUUGUGACGACGUCGCAUUCGACGGGUAGCUUUACAGAUAUGCCAUCAUUACAACAACCACAACAACAGCAGGAUCAAUCGGCCAAUAGUACGAAUAAUAAGUCAUCUCCAUUUAAUAACUUUAAGACAUCCCAAGCGAAUGCUAACAAAAAUUCAUUGGUUCCUGGUAAUGGUGCAAACACUGGAAAUAAUGGGAAUGCAUCACCUACGACGACGGCAUCCAUAACAGCAAAUAGCUAUUUAAAUGGCGAUAGCAGCUUAACUGCCACCACAACAGCAAAUAGUAAUAAUAUCCAACAGAUAAGCGGAAGUCCUGGACGAGCUCGAGAUCGUAAUGUUUUCAAUUCGCCACCAGGAAAUACAGCUAUCGCGCUUCCACUACUCAGAGAAACACCAGCCAACGAGCGAGAAGAAUUAUUUAUUCAAAAACUAAGACAAUGCUGUACACUAUUCGAUUUUUCCGAGCCAUUAAGCGACCUAAAAUGGAAGGAAGUGAAACGGGCAGCAUUACAUGAAAUGGUUGAAUAUUUAACAAAUCAAAAUGGUGUUAUAACAGAAGCUAUUUAUCCAGAGGCUAUUAAUAUGUUUGCUGUUAAUCUAUUCCGUACGUUGCCGCCGUCAUCAAAUCCAAAUGGAGCCGAAUUCGAUCCGGAAGAAGAUGAGCCAACGCUUGAAGCGUCCUGGCCUCACCUGCAAUUUGUUUACGAAUUGUUCUUACGCUUCCUUGAAUCACCGGAUUUCCAACAGAACGUUGCAAAACACUAUAUCGAUCAUCAAUUCGUUUUACAGCUUCUCGAGCUAUUCGAUUCGGAAGAUCCUCGGGAGCGGGACUUCCUGAAAACCGUAUUGCAUCGGAUUUAUGGCAAAUUCCUAGGUUUACGUGCGUUCAUUCGAAAACAAAUUAACAACGUUUUCUAUAGGUUUAUUUAUGAAACAGAACACCACAACGGUAUUGCGGAACUUUUAGAAAUUCUGGGAAGCAUAAUCAAUGGCUUUGCACUUCCGUUGAAAGAGGAACAUAAACAGUUUUUAUUGAAAGUUCUAUUGCCGCUGCAUAAAGUGAAAAGUUUAUCGGUAUAUCAUCCACAACUCACAUACUGUGUUGUUCAGUUUUUAGAAAAAGAUCAAAGUUUAGCUGAUCCGGUUAUAAGGAGCUUGUUGAAAUUCUGGCCAAAAACACAUAGUCCCAAGGAGGUGAUGUUCUUAAACGAAUUAGAGGAACUACUCGAUGUCAUUGAACCGGCGGAGUUCCAAAAGGUCAUGGUGCCGCUGUUCAGACAGAUCGCCAAGUGCGUUUCGAGCCCGCAUUUUCAAGUGGCCGAGCGUGCACUCUACUACUGGAAUAAUGAAUACAUAAUGUCCUUAAUAGCUGAUAAUUCUCAAAUUAUUCUGCCAAUCAUGUUCCCAUCAUUAUACCGGAACUCGAAGACGCACUGGAACAAAACCAUUCAUGGCCUAAUCUAUAACGCAUUGAAACUGUUUAUGGAAAUGAAUCAAAGAUUAUUUGAUGAAUGCAAUAAAAAUUACCGACAGGAGAAACAGUUAGAAAGAGAAAAAAGUUCACAUCGUGAGGAACUUUGGCAACAAGUGGAAUCUCUUGCCAAGAACAAUCCAGAGUGGCCGCGGUUAAUUGGACAAAUGGACAACUUAAGCAUUUCGAGUAGUCAAAAUGAUUUCGAUCAAAUCCCAGACAAUGGAGAACUGACAUAUGACAAACUAGAGCAGGAAUCAAGAGAGAUCCUUGGGGCACCUCAGAACUUAGGUAGAUACCAAAUGAAUACAACAUAUGAAAGGAGAGCAUCCUCUGGCAUUGAUGCAAGAACAAAUUCGAAAUGGCCGAAAUAAGGACAAACCAUUGAUCCGACGCAAAUCGGACCUACCUGCAGAUACCGGCACCGUGAAAGCCUUAAUUGAACACAAACGUGCCGACGAGUAUCUACAAACGCCACCGGACGUUAAUAAAUGCUAGAACAUAAUAUUGCUAUUACUAAUAAAUUAUGUAAUGAUUUAUUAUUAUUUAUACAGUUACAUAAAUAAAAAAACAUACAAAAUACCGACAAAAAUAUGUGUCUUUAAAGUAUCUUUACUCGUUCAAUGCAACUCGACGGCGAGAAUAUUGUGAAAUGACAUCAAGAGAAUGCAACAAGCACACCCAGCUUGGUCGUGAAUGUAAGCCAAGCUGAGCGUGGAAAUUAUUAAUAGUUAUUACCGAGUAGGCAUACAAUCAAUACAUAUGAAAUGCGCAAAAUAAUGCAGAAAACAUAGGUGCCAUUUAUAUAAAUGAAGCAACAAAAGAGAGUAAAGAUGAUCAUGUGACGUAUCUAAACUACUGCAGAGGAGAAUGUGAAUGUUUGUAUAAAUGGGAAACAAUUGAAAUGUGUAAAAAGGCUAAGUUAUCUAUAUAUUUUAUAAAUAAAUAUUGCAAGAGUCAGUGGAGACGUGUAGAGACAAAUCGCUUAAAGUUUAUUACAGCAGCACUGAGCAAACACACUUAACGCAUAAGCAAGACUAUGUUGUAUAAUGAGAUAGAUUAAAUCAAGCUUGAAAAUUACAAUUUCCUACUCGACAUUAACGCCUGUUCCGCGGAAACAAUAACGAUUCUCCUUUUUUAUGAACUCUAAUAGCCAGAGAAAACCACAAAGCGGAGAAAAAACACUCUAAACAUUUCAAUGCUGAUCAGACGUAAACGUAUAUUUGUAAGUUGCUGAGAAAAUCUUUAAUUUUUUCUACAAAUUAUUUUAUUACGAUAAUUUCCCUACGGUAACAUAAUUUACAAGGAUACAUGCAUGGUGAAUUUCAAAUGAUCCCUCGAGAAAUGAGGAGAAAUCAUGCAAAUUCGCAUUGCAAUCGCAACCAACGUAUAGAUAUUUCAAUCUUUAGAGCUAAACUAGAGAAUUGGCACAUCAUUGACUUUAAGUUUACAGUAAGACGUUUAAUUGUUAGCAAUUUAUAUCUAGAAAUGAUGAUAAUGAACAAUAUUUGUGUAUUGGAGGAGAUAAUUUCUUAAUUUUCAAAUCACACUCACAUUAUCACAAUUUUGACUUUUUUUACAUAACGGAAUACAAGCAAGAGUAAAUGUUGCAUAUAAACAAUUACGUAAAACCUUAUUCUUUCUAUAGAAUCCAAGUAAUGCGUUCCAAAUAAAAUUUAAAGAAUUAUGUAUUAUUAUUUAUGGUUAAAUCUCACAGAAAUUAUAUGUUUUGUAAUUCGUACUAGAAA